AGCAUGGUAUUAGCAAUCUUAAUUACGAUAAGGCCAACCCCCCAUAAUAACAUUAACAGGCGGUGAUUCGUUGACAGUUAAUAAUUUAUUGUUCUACUUCUAGCCAACAAUGUAAUGUACUUCCAAACUUUACCAUUGUCUCCAAUAUUAAAGGACAGGUUAUUGUGCAGGUGCUAUGUGACCACUGUUAUUGACUAUUCAUUGGCGUUAAUAUUAACGUUGCCUGUUGGUGCCCCCCCCCCCCCCCCCGCCGAAAAUGCGACCCCCUGUUGGCGCCCCUCCCCUUUUGGUGCCCCUCCCUAAAUUUGAACAAAUUAGGUGAUUUUAUAGGAUACGCCGGUAAAAUUUAUAAAAGAGUGUGUUUCUAGAGCAAAACACAGUUGUGUUAGGCAUCUUUUACUGUACCCUAGAUCUGUAUUGGAAACCAUGUUCACCUGUUAUUUUCAGCAAGGAAGUACAUUUGGUCACAAGCAACCUAUUAUGUAUUAGAACUUUCAUAAUCUCGCUUGUUGUAGCUUCUGUAAGGUAUACUCACUUUACUACAACUGCAGAACGCAAUCAUUGCACGAAGUUGAUUGCACGAGCAUCGUAUUAGUACUGUUAAUUAGGUUUUGUUUGUCAUUUUUACCGUUCUACUUUUAAUUUUGUUUGCAUAAGUAAAGUUUUCCUUCCGAUAAGAUUUUAGAGUUUGAUCGUUUAACUGAGUUUUUGUUCACCCAUGUUUGUUAAAUAAAUACGUUGCUGUUCAAAUUUAGACUAAAAAAUCCAACGCCACUAUUUCAUAAGCAAUUAAUUUAAUAAUUAAACAAUCCAACGCAUUUUUAAACCGAUUAAUUCUAGUCCAGAUAUAAACGCUUAUAAACACCCUCAACUAAGAUCAAUUGCUGUGAUCUCCAAGAAAACAUAAACACCUGCCCACAAAGAUGCAAAAGCAACUAAACUAUUGGUUCGUCCUCGUGGCCCUCCUCGUGUCAAUCAGCUCACAGUUCGACGAGAGUGAUUUCGAAAACGCAGAUGUGGAGGAUGUGUCGAGUAAAGGGUGUGACCCGGGGCAGGUUCCCAACAUAGAUACUACCUGCCAGGAGUGUUAUGCGGGGUUAUACGCGGACACCAGCAUCCAGCAGUGCCUGAUAUGUCCACUGAACACUUACUCCGACACGAAAGCUAAUGUAGAUUGCACACCAUGCCCGGGAGAUAAGAAUACCACUGAUACUGGCAGCAAUAGUGUGGAUCUAUGUGUAGAUGUGUGUGAGAUCCCUGCUACAGUGCAGUCUUACUACGAGAUGGUUGAAACAAAUUCCUUGUUGGACGCUGGAAAUAGAGUUGUCGCCGGGGAUCAAAUUAUCCUGCAGUGUAUUGACGACGAUCACACCGUGGUUAAGACCGAGUUCACACACUUGAUAUUGACUUGCACAGCCACUUUCAAGACGCUUGCCCUUCCUAACACCUGUGUGAAUAGUAACGAAGCUGCCGAGCAGAACCCGGGCGGUUUGAUUUGUUACGAUUCCUGUUACAAAGAAACCAGUGGGGGUAGGACGAGGUAUGUUAAACUGGUUGGAGGAGGCACGGUGAUCGUGGAAUCCUGCCCUCUUGCGGAAUGCAAGGUUAACGAGGAUACUUGCGUAUCUGUUUCCUACAAAGACACUUUCAAUGACAUCAACAGAAUACAUUUCUCCUGUCAACAAUCCUCACUAUUCGACUCUGAGAUUUGUAAAUCAAGUGGCGCUAAUGAAGAUGAGAUUGAUGACUGCAAGGUUCAGAGAUGUAAAACAGAGAGAUGUAACGAUCCCGAAUCAACGAAGAUAACAAGCAGUUCGCGAGGAUUACCAGUUACACUUCUCAUUCUUGUUUCCUCUACUUUACUCAACUUGUUCUGGAGAUAAAUAAAAGGCUCUUUUUUGGAGAUAGACAGUAGACACGUGGUGUUGUAUGUUUUGAUGCGUUGAUCGUUAAUAUCAAUAAACUACAUAGUAAUAGUAUGUUGAUUGCUUUUAAAGUAUGUUUAUGCUUACAGUUAUCUCA